CCGCGAUCGCUCAAAGUCGAACGAUCCACGCCUCUGUGGCCGUGUUGGCCCAAGCAACCCAUGAUGACCCAAGUGGGCCACUCCAAGGAGCACAGCGCAGAGUCGGGGUCAUGCGGUGACGACAUCCACGGUCACGGCGGUGUUCUGGGCGCCCGCGCCCCAGGCGGGCGGGUUGGUCGAGGGCGCCGGGCCUGGUCGUCGUCCCGUCACAUCGGCGGCCUCUUGCGGACCUUGCAGCGCGAGGACCCGCGGUGCGUCCUCGUUGUUCGCGGGGUCGGAGGCCUCGGUGACUGGCCGGAGUAUUUGCUGUCGAUGCACUUCCUGGAGUUCGGGGACGUCGGCCGCGUGUUGGUCGCGCGCCUUCCGCGGGCGGCGCAGGGCCGCGGCAGAGAGGCCGCGGUGGCGGAGGGUCGCGGUCAGCAGACCGCGGCGCGACCAAAGGGUCAGUGCGUGGACGUCGGGUUCGUGGUCAUGGGGGACCCCAGAAGCGUGGAGCUCGCCCUGCGGCAUGGCAGCAAGCAGACCCUGCUCGCGAGCGACAUCAGCAUCGCGCCCUUCGGAUCGACGGCCUUGAAGACGCCAGGCUGCAGCUCCACCUCCGCCGGCUCCACGUCGGCGGGUCGGCCGUCUGGGUCGAGUCGCAGCGCCAGCUUCUCCUCUGGCUGCGAGGCGGAAGGCCUGGGCCCCAGCUCUGCGGGUUCCACAGAGACAGCGGCCCGCGCGGUCCCGCGCGGGCGCGCGGGCCCGGCAGCGCAAGCCCCCGCUGUCAGCGCGCCGUGGGCUCCAGCGGUCCGGAGCCGCAGCGCGCCGCCGGGGCCUGCUCGCUCUGGCGCGGCCGCGUGAGCAGGCCCGUCGGGAAGGUCGAGGCACCCCGACUGGGCGGGAACCCCAGGCGUCGACUUAAGCCGGCGUUCUCUCUCUCUCUCUCAGAGCGUGAAUUACAUACCCCGCUUUCGCUUCCAGGCAAAACCAAGUCAUACCACACGCCUCCUCGUCAAGCGGCCUGACCAGUACAGGCCGUAGUUUGGCAUCGCUUGGUAUCUCUUGGAAGCGAGGGUGGUCAAAAGCGAGGUAGGUUUGUUUGCCCCCUACUCUCUCUUUCUCUCUUUCUCUCUUUCUGUUUUCCUGAUUUCUCUUCCUCUCAUCAUUCGGGGCGAGGCUUGGGUAGGGGGACGGCGACUGUCCGAGUCCCACUUUGCUGUGGCCGCGCCGCAGCCUUUUCAUUUGCUCUCGUUGCAUGCGCACGGCCUCCGUCGACCCCCGUAACCUCUUGGGGUUUUGUCUGGGGGAGGCUCGCAAGGGCCACGUGAGCUUGGCGCGGAUCCAUUCAUAAGGGUCUGCCGACGGCGGCGGCCGCCUGCGACAAGGGCAGGGUGAAGCGCGAGGAAGCCCUCCGCCCCUGUCCCUGUUGAGCUCUGGCGUUCCUCGGGUGUUUCCCAGGUAGGCCCCCCACCAACUUAUGGGUGUCAGGAAACUCCCCCACAUCCUCUCGGUAGGGCGUUGCAGCAGGCUGCGCACUGAGCGCCCACUGCUCUAAUUAGCCAUCAGCAGCCGCAGUCCACCGUUUGCGAUCUCGAAGGCAGGGACCAAAGAGUAGAGAGACGCAGUAAGCCGAGAACCGAGAAUGGGGACCACCGAGUUUCCUUGCCGGUUGCGAGUUGCGACACGGCCAUUCUAUUUUGAGCAGACUUGUUUGACGCCCACUAGGUUUAGGUCGGGC